AUGACUCAAUCGCCCUACGCAGCUGCAGCUUCGAUACCCUUGAUUAAAUCACCCAGCCUCAGGGUUCCGAGACCUGUUGAUCUUCCACCAGACAUACACCCUCUCCCAGAGUCUGUAAACGACUACUUCGUCUAUCCAUUCACCCUAGAACCACACACCGUAACCAUCGAAUCAUCGCGCCGGACAACGCUCGCUGCACACGCUGCGCGCCGCGAGGCAUAUCUCCGCUCGCGCGAAGAAGAGAAAGAGCGCAGAAAGCGCGAGGCCCUCCGCCGAAUCGCCCCUGGGUUCGAACCUCACGGAAGCCUUCUCGUUCCGACACCAAAAGGUGGAACAUCAUCGUCAACAAAUGCGCAUCAUGGAUAUGGAUAUGACGAAGCACACGCUAAUGUGAGUGGUGGAGGUAAGAUGCAAGUGCCACCACCACCGCCACCACCGACGCGGUCUGUUAUGGAUGAUCUCGUGGAUCAGCUUGCGGCUUUGGAAGGAUCGUCCAACACGAAGUCUGACUCGGCACUCUCGCCUUAG